GGGAUUAUAAAAAAUUUCACCUGGUGGCACUGGGUGACAUAACCUACAAAAAGGUGAUGCACUAAUGUCUAGGAAAAAUCAUUGAAAAUUGUUAAAACCGGCUUAAUAAGAGUUAAAAAGUAAGAGCAACAAACUUACUGAACAUUAUUCCUACCUUACGAUGAAUGCGCCACCAACCUUCGAAUCAUUUCUGCUUUAUGAUGGAGAGAAAAAGAUAAUAAGAGAACAAGAUACAAAAGUACCAAAUGCGGCUAUUUUUACUAUAAACAAGGAAGAUCACACGUUGGGAAACAUGAUCAGAAACCAAUUGUUGAAAGAUCCAAAUGUAUUAUUUGCUGGAUACAAAGUGCCUCAUCCACUUGAGCAUAAAUUUGUAUUGAGAAUUCAAACAACAUCCGAUUAUUCACCUCAAGAAGCUUUGAUGAAUUCUAUUACCGAUUUGAUUUCAGAGUUGUCUUUGUUUGAAGAACGUUUUAAGGAAGCUAUUAAGGAAAAGAAAGAAGGUUUAGAUUAAGUAUUUGAUUUUUUUUUUAAUAACAAUAAAGUGAAGUUUAUGCUCCAAUAA